AGUAUUUGAGUUAGGGAAAUUAAUUUUAAUGUACAUCUUGGUUGGACUUUAUUUCACAUCUUUUAUGCAAUUGUUUCUUUGCGCAGUUAAGGCGAUUAGUCGGAGACUACUGGUCACACAUAAUGUUUUGUGUCCGGAUGAGUGAUGGUCUAUGAGUUGUAAUAUAAUGUUUUCCACUGCAUAAAAUAUCCAAUUUUGAUGUUUGGUUGUAAAUUCCCUAACUAAUUUGGUAAUGUCGGGGUCGAGUUUUACGUAUGAAUAUGGUGGGGUUGCCAAAAGUGGUGGGGGAGGGGGGUCUUUCAGUUAGAAAAUUAGGGGACGGGGAAUUCACUGAAAAUUCGGAAUUGAAACCAAUUAAGCUUAAUACUCUUAGGAAGGAUGUAUCUUCAAUUAUAAAAUACUUAAAAAAAUAUUUUAUUUUUCAUCGAUACUGAUAUUCUUACAAAUACUUUCCAAAUGCAAUGCAGCAACAUCAACAUAUCGAUGAAGUUAGCAAUAUUGGUGGCACAGAGGAUAAUCUGUCUGGUUUUAGAUGUUGGUGUUGCUGCUUUGGUGUGCACAUUAAGGUGGCAACUGCAUUAGUUGCUGGGAUUUCCUCAAUACUUAUUUUGACAAACUUUAUCGCCAAACUAUGCGGCUACUCCGAGAUUGGCUGGAAUUUUGAGCUGCUCUUUAUGAUAAUUGACGGUGCAGCUUUAACGGCAUUAAUUUACGGGCUAUAUACUGAUAAUGCUGCAUUCCUGCAACCAUUUGUUGCACUUAGUAUAAUCACUUCUUCAUUGCUGGUACUCCUAGCUGCUUAUUUGGGAACUGCAGUAAUCGACUCUAACUCUUAUGCAGCUCAACGGUUAGAGUUAGAAUUGAACAAACGACUUUCUGAUGCUGCUAGACGACUUAAUUUGGAGUUCAAACUUAGUGAGAACAAAAUUUUAAAUUAA